AUGUCCAAGCGCAUUUGCCAGCGUGCCGCAUCCCCACGCCUACCAAGCGUCGCGCUCCAUGCCCUCCUCCAGAUGCUGAACGGCACGCACGAUGUACUUUCUGUGCUCAACGCGCUGCCAGUGGCGACGCUGCCGCCAGAGCUCCUCGCGCUCCGCGACCUUAGCACUCUUGUCUACCUCACUGACCACUGGCCUGUUGUCCAUGCGACCAAGAUCCCAGUCCAGCAUGCUCGCUUGGCCAUCGCCGCGCUACCAGCGUUCAAGGGCAUCCACGUGGACCCUGGUUUUGCGCCGCUCGCCUGGCUCGACGCGACGCUACCGCCGCAUAUGCCCGUGUCGCUCGAUGUCGACCCCAAGGUUCCCGGCGCGCUCUGCGCCUUUGUGCACGUCUGGGGCAGCCACGUCGUCAACGUUGUUCUCAAGGGCUGCUAUGUCGAGCUCGACCCGAUCCCCGACGUCCUCGCACGCUGCGUCAACGUGGAAUCGGUGACCAUCAAGAACCGGGCGGAACCAAACAGCAUUGCUACGUACGUGGCGGCAAUUCCGAUGACGCAUUUGCACACGCUCAAGGUGCUUCAUGCGGACGGGCAGCUGGACGAUAUCUCGGCCAUCGUUGCCUGGCUGCAAGGACCCAAGGCAACGUCGUUGACGCUUGCGUGCGACGCAGUGAAUGCCCCGACGGCGCUGGCGCGCGCGAUCCAAGCAUCGACGACGCUGACGUCAUUGCGCAUUGUGGACGCGAUCGAUCUUCAACGCGCGUUGGUCGCCUUGCCCAAAGACUUGCACCAUAUUACGUCGCUUGCCGUGCGUGACAGAUAUGGCGACGGCGGGUCUGCCGUGGGAUUGCUCCAAAAGCUGAAUCCGACCAAGCUCCUCUCCGACAGUGACGACGAGCUGCCCGUCAUGAACGUCAUCAACACGCUCGCGGUCUACCCGGCUCUGGAGACAAUGCGUCUCGUCAACGCACGUCUUGCGGCUGUGACGACGGCGGGUGUCUGGCCACAGCUGACGUCUGUCACCCUGCGUCGGAGUACGUUCAAGGCGGCCAAUGACGUCGUCAACGUGAUCCAGCAGCUCUCGACGUCGCGCUGCCUCACGGUUGUCGACUUGAGCCACACGAAGCUCGGGGCCGCUGGAUUUGGAGAGCUCGCGUGGGCGCUGCCGGCGUGGAUGGCGCGCGGGCUUCGGACGUUAGUGCUCUCUGGGACGGGUAUCAGUGACAACGACGUUGUACUCUUUGCCGUCGCGCUUGCCUCGGGCAAGAACCGACGGCCUCUGACCGUCGAUAUGACGUCGAAUGAGCUUGGAGUCGCUUCCGUGAAGCUGCUCUUGGGGGCGCUCAGCGCCUGCCGCAACGUCGCAUUGCAUGUGGAGACGUGCCACCAUAACACGUUGUACAGCCUUGUGCAGCGGCAUCGGCUCGUAGAAGUGCGCCCUGGUGUCUUCAUGUCGCCUCCGACGUCGUCGCCGUGGCAUAGCUUUUAG